AUGACAUUACAACUCUCUGAUGAGAUUUAUCACAUUCUUCUCUUCUCGGAUCACAUGGAGAUCAUCAAAGCCUUCUCAUUAAUUAACAAAUUUUGGUGUGAAAAAGCUAGAAAUAUUCCGUUGUCUAUUACUAUUAGAAACUUUCCUUGUAAUGUUAAUUUUAAAUGUAAAUACAUGAUCGAGAGUUUACAUGUAAAAGAUAUCAAUGAUGAUGAAAUAUUAACAAAUAUAUUCGAGAGUGGAAUGUUAGAAAAAUUAACAAGUUUGAAAGUCAGUCCGAGUAUUAAUCAGAAAAAUUUGAAAUGUAUUUUCGAGAAUUUAGGAAGAGAGUUGAGGGUUCUGAAAAUGAAUUUUCUCAGAGAAAUUAGUUAUUUGAGCUUUUCUAGUGGGGCCUUUUCGAAAUUGGAAGUUUUAGAGUUGGAAGGACAUGACAUUGGAACAAUUGAGAUUUCAGCAUUGGAAAAUUUGAAAACCUUGCAAAUAUUCUGUCGUGAGAUUGAUCUUUCUAAUGGAUAUUUACCAAAAUUAACAUCCCUUCGCAUGGAUGGAAUGAGAAUAAGUGCUGAUUUAUUGAGGCAAUUCCUUCAAGCUAGUCCAAUUGAAAUUUUGAGAAUUUUUGAUUGUCUAAAUAAUUCGAGUGCUAUUGAAGAAAUUUCCCUGUUUGGACAUCGAUUGGUUCAUUUGAAUAUUUCCUGUAAUCCUAUCUCGCUAUCCUCGCUUCGUAAUCUCUGUUUCAGCUCUGUAUGCUCCAACAUUAGUGAGCUUAUUUUGGAUCAAUGUCACAAUAUUGGAAUUGAAGGUUGUGAGUAUAUAGGAAAUGGUCCUGCCUUGAGAAAUUUAACGCUCCUCUCCUUGAUGUAUUGUGUAAUUGGAAGUAAAGCAUUUGAAAAGAUUGUCCAUGGACCUAAUGCCUCCAAUUUGAAAACACUAUUGGUGGAAGAAUGUGAGCUAGGUCUGAACGGUUGCAAGGCAAUUGCAGAAAGUAAAACCCUCACCAACUUGACUAAAUUGGACAUUUCCUCUAAUGAAAUACUGGAUGAAGGAUGUGAAAUAUUAUGCAAUACUCCCAAUUUGAAACAUUUAACAUCAUUCACAGUAGCAUGCAAUGAAUUGACCACAAGUGCCCCAAUUUCAACAUCUCCCUAUUUAACACAUUUAGUCCAUCUAGAUUGGGAAUAG